AUGCUGAUAGUACAGACUACUUGUACAAAUGUAGUAUUGGGAAGAGAAGGACACGGCAAUGUAACUGGUCAGUCUGAAGAUCAACCCAUUUCCGAGGUUCUUCCAAACUGUGACCCGCUCAACCAAUACUUCACAGUUCACAAGAAUGGCACGAUUGGGUGCACCACUUGUUCGGUCUGUCUCCCGGGAUCUGGCGUGUUCUGGCAAUGCCAGGGUUUUAACGACACCGUUUGCAAAAAAUGUGAAGAUGGAGUGUCUUAUUCUGUAGUCAUCGAUUAUACUAGGGUAUGUGACGAGUGCAAUUCGUGUGAAGAUGGCCAGGUUCUGUUGAGAACUUGCACCAAAAACCAUAAUGUUCUUUGUGGACGAUGUAAGCCAGGUUACGAUUUGGAUAAUGUAACUGGUGAUUGCAUACGAAAAGAAAAAAUUGAGCAAGCGAUGACUAAAGUCUGGAUUCGUCCCACGCUGAGCAUCCCAAAACAUAAAGGGAAAGAAUUUUCCAAGAGUAUUUUGCUAAUAGCUGUCACCGUCGUAGGUGGAGUAUUGAUAUUAUUGCUGAUUGUAGCACUGGCAGUGUAUGUACACAGGAAAAGAAAGUGCAGAAUGAACAGAAGCAGCGAGGACUCCACGGAGCUCAUCGUGUGGUCCCAAUCUACAGACGAUUGCGAAAUUUGACAUUAACUGAAUGAAACA